AUACUCUACAACCUUAUGGGAGAAUCACUAACAAAACUGCAACAACAUGAAGAGGCCGAAAGGUGGUACAAGGCUGCUCUCUCAGCAAAGCCAGAUCAUGUGCCAGCGCACCUAACUUAUGGAAAAUUGUUGGCGAAAAACAGAACGAGAAUUGUUGAAGCCGAGCAGUGGUUUUUGAAAGCUCAGAGACUAGCUCCAGCAGACCCUACAGUUUAUCAGCAUUUCGGCCAAUUUCUAACCGAGUUGGAGAGACACAGUGAGGCGGCCAACCAAUACCUGAGGGCCACCGAGCUGGCUCCAAAGCAGUACGACUUGGUGUUGAGUGCGGCGACUGCUCUCAGACAGGCAGGCGCCAACCAUCAGGCAGAGAAUUUCUACCGCAAGGCUGUUUCCCUCCGACCAAAGGAAGCAGCCAGCCACAGCAAUUUGGGAGCAAUGCUGCACCUGAACGGCAAGUACACAGAGGCGGCGGCCUCAUACAAGGAGGCACUGCGUCUACAGCCGCACGACCCAACCACUCUCAGCAAUCUGCACAAGCUUCGCACCCUUAUAGCAAGGCUGGAGACGUGACGACUGCACGCCUGCCUCCGAUUCGCAGGCUACAUCGACAAUCGGACGGCAUCAAGACACGACCAACUCUUAAAAAUAACAUAGCUCUUAGUAAUAUUACAGCCACUCAAUUUGCAACCCUUUAUUAUAUAUGUGAAUAAAGGAUAUAUAUGCAUCAUAAUAGGGGUUUGAAUAUUUGAGAGGUUUGAAUAUUUUGAGCAAUACGAGGAUAUAAAACAUGUGUAUAAUUCACAAUUAAGAUAAUUGAUAGAUCUCUAUACAUUAUUUGAUACGAUGAUAUAAAACAUGUGUAUAAUCAAUUUAUAAGAACAAUCUACCAGGACAUGUUUACAAUAUACUCCUACUAACAUAAUACAUUGAGUAUAAGUAUACAAUACCUAUUGUACAUGCAACUAUUACAAGGGUAUACCGUAUAACAAAAUAUGUAUAACAUACAAUCAGUAGCCAACAUGCAUAAGGUCAAUGUAUCAUUAUUUUGAGUCACUUUUCGUACGAUAUGAUUGAAAGUAUGGAUCAUAAAAAUAGUCACAACAUUGAAUGGAGAUAUUUGAAAUUGUCAUAUUAGAAUAAGUUAUUCUAAGAAACGAGAGUUUUGAUCUUACACCAUUGUUUUGUUUCCGGUCAUAUUUUAUGCUUUCAAAUAAAUGAGUAAGUGGUUGUUACAAAAAUUAAUGUAUUUCUCAUAAAUCAAUAUGAAAGUCUAGAACAUUAUAAAUCAGAUUCAACUCACUUUGGGAAAAAGUCAUAAUGAUAAGCAAGUCUGUAUACAAUAUCAAGGUAUUUGUACAAUAUCUGGGGAACUAAAGGAAUCACAUUGUUGGUUUGUAAAAAAUAUUUCUGGAGUACAAAGACAACAAAAUUAAAUGAAUUCAUGAAUCAUGUAAGAGCAUAGAGCCUGACCUUGAUCGAGAGGAAAAAUGAAGAUAACUCACAUGAGGUCGUAAUCUUCCGGUAGGAAGUUCUAUAUUUUCAAAACUUUUGGAACGAAUAAUAUGAAAUGAUUAAUAAUUUGAAAAAUGCUAGACAGUCUCAUUCAAUAAAUAAGGAGAUUAAGUUUAUGGGACCCAGCAAAAUUUUGAUGGUUUUCUUCUCAAACUUUUGAAUUUGGGAUUUGAAGGAUGCACUUGCAGUUUUGCUUAUUAUACAACUUCUCAUCUCUUGUACUGUUGUAGUGUGGAUUAAAAUAUGGCUUGGCAGUCAUAGGAAAACUAUCAAUGUGGAAUGAUGGAAAAGUUGUUCAAAAACGAAUGAUACAGUUGUCAUAAUAGUAAAAGAGCCUGCAGAAAAAAUGUAUAAUUCAAAUAUUUCCAAGCGUCAUUUUUUUUAAUACUAAGUGCAAAGAGAAGGAAAGCACUCUGUUCAAAACAGUUAAAGGCUCAGCAGUUUAUUCUGUCAAAAUGUGCUAACUUCUAGUGGAGCAGUGGUUGUCACAACUUCACUGGUCUUGGUUCAGCAGACAACCAGUUUAAAAAAAUAAUACUUUCUGUAUUACGCUUUUCGCUUAGAACGCUUUUCAAAUCAAAAUUAUAAAAGAGGUUUACUCAUUAUUAGAAAUUCCAUUUUUUAUAUUAUAAAAUAAAAAACUGAAAUAAUAGCGGCUGUUUAAAGAACAGAAAUAAUAAUUAUUUAAUCCAUCACUACAGCAAAUUCUUCUAAUAAUUUUCAUAAUUUUAAAAUGCAUAGCUUCAUCAAAAUAUUGAUUUGAAACCUUGCAAAAUCGAUGAAGGGAAUUUUUCUUCAAGGGAACCAUUUUUUAUUCCUCUUUUUAUAGAAGUGAUUGUCCCAUAGGAUUGGACGAAUCAAUCAUUAAUGUUGCAAUUAUUGUUGGAUCACAACUCUUCUGCUACAUAAAUUAUAUUUACUUUUAAUACUUCAACAGACUCAAAACAGAACGUUUCCACUUUUAAAUAUUGUGAAAUAUAUUAUUGCAUUGACACAACGCAACCAUUCUGUAAAAUAUGUGGAACCAACAUUAUGUAAAUAAAUUUAUGUGAGCUAACAUUACUGAGGGGCCUAAUCGUGGAAUAUUUACUAUUGAUUGAAUGUAAUAGGUCGAAAAUGAAAUUGUUUAGUAUUGUUCUGGGACUAUUAUCCACUACUUUGAGAAUCUUGUGAAAAUUCAUGGAUGUUGAUUGACAAUAUUGGUACAAUUUUUAGAAGCUGAAACUUACAGUGCUUUCAGAAAUAUUUUAAUUUAAUAAACUUUCACUUUCUCUGUUGUAUUGGAUACUAAUUCUCCUCCCUUGAGUAGCGUGUGCUACUGAUAUUCAUUUCAUAGCAAAUUGAAGAUUUUGGGUGGUAACCAAACUAAUAAAAAACGAUGAGAAAAUCAAGAGGUAUUAUCUCCAUCAGUAGAAAAUUCUUUCCAUCUGAAUAUUUCCAAUACGGUAUACAAUCGAACAGCAAUAAAAAACAAUUCCAGCACAACGAAUAAAAUACUUGAAAAAUAUAAUAUAUUAUUCAAUUUCAUAAUAAAACUGUUCAACUCUUAUACAUGAGUAAACAUUGUCAAUUCUUGAUGAAUAUUUUCACUAAACAAGCGGAAUGUAUAACUAGUAGCCUAGCGGCGCAUCCAUCAUUGUUGGUUCUUAUGAUCAACAGAAUUAGCCAAUCCAUGUUUAUCAAUUGUUUUAAACCCCAAUAAACUGUUAAAUCAUUAUUUUUUCGUGAAUUAAUUGAUAUACUUUGAAGUGAUUGUUGUAGA